UGAGCCGCAGAAUAAUAAAGGUUCCAAAAGGAUAGCGCUAAAACGGAACUUACCCUCGCUCUUGGUACCCAUGGAGGAGGUGGUUGCCUUUGACGCGUCGGCACAUGACUUGAUACGUUCCACGCCUACCCUGACGCCUUCGUUAAUUAAAUCGCGACUCGAGUAUCUUCAUUGCCAAUUACUUAUAGGCAAAGUCAACAGUUACAAGACAGAGCUCCACGAGCAUGUGAGAUACAUAUAGCUUCAUUUGGCCGAAUUAAACAAUUGCAUCAGUCCGAAUUUGUUCUAGACGGUGCAGCAGCGCCAACAUGCCUGCAGAUAUACGGAACUUUUUUGGUGGUAAGGGAGCUGUCCCAGCGCCCAAGAAGGAGAAGGCUGAAGCUCCCAGUUCGCGACGGAAGCAAACCCGUAAAAUUAUAGACGAAAGCGAUGGGGACGAAAAUGAAGUAAAAAAGAUCGCCACUCCAAAGAAAGCUAUGUCAAAAAAGCUGUCGAAUAAGACCUCACCGAAAGGCGAAGAGACCACCACUAGUGAUUAUUUCGCAUCGAAAGGAUCGAAGAAGAUUGCAAAAAGCACACCAGAUCCAAUGAAGUUGACAGCACUGUCCCCACGCCCAAAGACAAAGUUAUCAACUACAAACCUCGUUGAGCAAAAACCGCUAAAGGCCAAGUCGCAAGGAAAGGUCUACAAGAACGCGGAGGACGACGACGAAGGGGCAUUCGUGGAUAACGACGACCUCGAUGCAGGCGAUGAUAUUUUUGCUGCAGCUGUGAAUACUGGUGGGAGGCGGAAAGAGGAAGAUGAUUACAUGGAGAUUGAUGGCGACUCCGACGAUGAUGUGGUUGUUACCAAGAUGUCCAAGAACGGCAAGCUUGCACCAAGAAGUAGGAAGCGGAAGUCAGCAUCGCUAGACCCGGAUGACUCUGGCGAGUUCGACGCACCCAAGAAAGGAUCCAAAGUGAAUGAUGAGAAGAAACCACCUGCAAAAAAACCUCGGGCUGCACCAAAGAAAGAAGCUAUUCCUGAGAGCGCAGAAAUGCAAGCAGUACUUGAUAGCAUUCCGACUGUGGAAGCUCCACCUCCCCCAUCGAAAAGUGCAGAUGGCAAGAAAUUUAAUUGGAGGAAGGCCGCUGCUGGCGGAGGUAAUUCGGGCCCACCUCCAGGAGCUGGCCCAAAGGAGUUGCCGGUGGGAGCGGAUAACUGUCUGGCUGGACUGACCUUUGUUUUCACUGGCCUUCUCGAGACAAUUUCUCGCGAAGAAGGACAGGAGCUUGUCAAAAAAUAUGGUGGAAAGGUAACUGGAGCACCCAGUGGAAAAACGAGCUAUGUUGUUCUUGGGUCGGAUGCCGGGCCAAGUAAACUGGAGAAGAUUGCGAGCCUUAAAAUAAAGACAAUCAAUGAACAUGGGCUCUUCGCUCUGGUUUGUGCCACCUCAGAGCACUUGACACAAACCGGAGGCACAACACGGGCAGCUGAGAAGGCACUCGAAAAACAGAAAGAAGCCGAAAAGAAGAUGAAAAUUGAAGCAGAAGAAGAGGAGAGGCAGGAACGUAUAAGAGCAGCUGAAUCUGAAAAUGCAGCACGCAAAGCUGCUGAAUCACGGGGACUUGCUCCACCUGCGAAUAAAAAUCUCGCAGGCUCUCAGUUAUGGACUGUUAAAUACGCGCCCUCGAAGAUGAAUCAAAUAUGCGGCAACAAAGGCCAGGUCGAUAAAAUCCAGACUUGGUUACAAGGCUGGCCUAAAGCGCACAAACUUGGUUUUCAAUUGCCUGGCAAAGAUGGUCUUGGUAUAUACAGGUCAAUUGUUAUCUACGGGCCCCCCGGAAUUGGCAAAACUACAGCCGCUCACCUUGCAUCCAAACUCGAGGGCUACGACGUUAUAGAGAGCAACGCCAGCGAUACAAGGAGCAAGAAGCUCGUAGAGUUCGGCUUCCAGGAUGUACUCAAUAACAACUCCUUGCUGGGCUUCUUUGCAGGACAUGACGAGCCGGUGGACUCUAAAAAGAAGAAAAUCGUGCUUAUCAUGGACGAAGUAGAUGGAAUGUCUGCCGGUGACCGUGGUGGAGUAGGUGCACUUGCUAAGAUAUGCAAGAAGACCGACAUUCCCAUCAUUCUCAUAUGCAAUGAGUUCAGAAUACCGAAGAUGAAUCCAUUCCGUCACGUAGUGGCCGAAGUCCCAUUCAGACGGCCUACGGUUGAUCAGGUCCGGUCUCGUGUCGCGACCAUCUGCCACAGAGAAGGGCUGAAACUGUCUAGGGAGGCUAUGGACGCACUGAUCGAGGGAAGUAACAAGGACAUAAGACAAGUUGUUAACAUGCUAUCCAGCGCCAAACUAGAUCAGGCCGCCAUGGAUUUCGAUCAAACCAAAUCUAUGUCGAAGCAAUGGGAGAAGCAUGUCGUUUUAAAACCCUGGGAUAUCUGCCACAAGUUACUAGGGAGUGGUAUGUUUGCACCUUCAAGCAAAUCUACCCUCAACGACAAAAUAGAACUCUACUUCAACGACCAUGAGUUUAGCUACUUGAUGAUUCAGGAAAACUAUCUGAGAACGAGGCCUCUAAUGCCCCCAAACCAAAACUUGUCGCCGAGGGAACAGCGAUUGAAAACUCUGGAACUAGCGGACAAGGCGGCUGAAAGUAUCAGUGAUGGCGACCUUGUUGAUCGAAUGAUCCACGGCUCUCAGCAACAGUGGAGCUUGAUGCCUGUACAUGCAGUAUUUAGUUCAGUUCGGCCUGCCAGCUUUAUGUCAGGCGCCGUAACCGGAGAAAUGCCGUUCACAACCUGGCUUGGGAACAAUAGCAAGCAUGGCAAACUCAGCCGUUUUGUGAAGGAAAUUCAGUCCCACAUGCGCCUUCGGACUUCAGGAGACAGGCAUGAGAUUCGGCAACAAUACCUGCCCACGCUCUGGACCCAGCUUAUCAAACGGCUAGAGAUAGAGGGCAAAGAUUCGGUUGACGACGUUAUCGAUUUGAUGGACAGCUAUUUCCUAACACGAGACGAUUUUGAUGCUAUUAUGGAACUCGGAGUUGGACCUCAACGACAGGAAUUGGUAACGUUGGAGACUCAGACAAAGUCAACGUUUACUAGGCUAUACAAUAGCCGCACCCACCCAAUGCCUUUCAUGAAAGCUAGUAAUGUGGUUGCUCCUGCUAAGGCCACCAAGGAGAUGCCGGACCUAGAAGAGGCCAUCGAAGAAAGCGAUAGUGGCGAAGUUCUAGUUGAGACACCAGACGACAACGAAGAUGAGGACAUGGAUAUUUCGAAAGAUAAAUAUAUCAAGAAACCAAAAGCCAAGAAGGCAGCGGCGAAGAAACCAGCAGGGAAGAAAUCUAAGAAAAAUGAUGGUGCUGCUGACGGUAAUGAAGGCGACUCCCAAGAUGAAGUCAUGCCCAAAAAGCCCCGAGCCAGCAAGCCCAAGGCCACUGGUGCUAAAACAAAGGCGAAAAAGUAGAAAAGAGGCUGUUAUUUUCGCAUCACUUCUGCGGCCGUGAUGAGCCUGGUGGACUAGUAACUUCUUAUACAGCCCGCGAUAAUACCUCUUUAGGAAUGGAAGUGCCAUUCCCAAAUUCUUUACCGCUAUAUAGCACAGCGAUGUACCUGUGUUUGUUCUCUAUGACAUGAAUUGCGAAUUAAUGUGCAUCAACCGUUGAUAUUGUUGUUUUUUGUUGUAUGCUUUCGUACUCGAACUUGAUUCAUGGAGGGUAGUUCCACUGGAUCGCCUGAGAAAGUGCCUUUCAACUGUUGCCCUUUAUUCUACAGUUCGCCUCCAUUUCUAGCGGGCCAACCAACCCCUUUGUUAUCUACUCUCAAGAAUAUCGUUUGAUCCUUCAGCUCACAUAUUGCUUUCAAUUACAGCUCACUACCAUAUUGCCUUCGUCCAAAGCUCACGUCCACUUCGCCUUCAACCAGAGCUCACUUCCAUGUGGAUAUCGCCUUCACCUACAGUUAACGUCCACAUCGCCUUUGGCCACCGUUCGCAUUCAUAUUGCCUUCACCCAAAGAGCAGUGAUCAUGGCGUUAAUAACUCGGAGAAAACCAAGCGACUGUAUGUAUAGAGAAUAUAUUGGCUCUGAAGGUUCUACCCCACGUGGGCUCGGGUUUAUCGUACCAGAAGAAGAAACACUACUGGAGGGUGGCUCACGACUCGAAACACCCCCUUCUAGACAGUAUGAUAGCCCGCAAGUUGAGUCCGCCAGUCAGGAACAAAACUCGCCAGAAUCGGGACCGCAGCAAACUCUGACAAAGACAAUGCUGGAUACAUACGCACUCAUGCGAGGACGCCUGGGACGAGGAGAACGGGGACCGCUUUAUCAAGAAGGGUUUACCUACAGAACGUGGGAACCAAGGCCAGAAGACGAUGACCCAAAACUUAGCCCGACAAUCCCUUGGGAAACUUA